CGGGCCGGGGCUGCCAUGGCCGCGCUGCUGCUGCUGCUGCGAGCGGCGCCGCGGCUGCUGAGGGAGCGCCGGGCCCGGGGCAGGCUCGGGGCAGCGGGGCCCGCACGGGCAUCACAGUGCUUGAUCAGAAGAACAGUUUUUGGGUGCCCUCUAACUAAAGGAGGUUCUGGUCUGGUUCAAAAGACUAAAGAUGCUUUUUUGAGGUUCUGCAGACCACGAAGUUCUACAGCAGCUGCUGGCACAUCUGGAGAGGAUGCCUUGCUGAAAUGGGGCCUUCUCCUCGUCCCUCUGACCACGUUCGGCCUCGGCACAUGGCAGGUUCAGCGGCGCAAGUGGAAAUUAGAUUUGAUUGCACAGCUGGCAUCAAGAAUCAAAGCAGAUCCCAUCCCUCUGACAUUAGACCCCAUGGAACUGAAGGAGUUGGAGUACAGACCUGUGCAGGUCAGAGGGCGUUUUGACCACUCCAAGGAGCUCUACAUCCUGCCCCGCUCGCUGCUGGACCCCGAGCGGGAAGCCCGGGAAGCCGGGAGGAUCACAUCCCGCCCGGAGAACGGAGCCAACGUCGUCACCCCCUUCUACUGCACAGAGCUCGGGGUCACAAUUUUAGUCAACCGAGGAUUUGUGCCCAGGAAUAAAGUGAACCCAGAGACCAGGCUGAAGGGACAGAUUGAAGAUGAGAUUGAUCUCACAGGGGUGGUGAGACUAACAGAAAAAAGGAAACCCUUUGUGCCUGAAAAUGACAUUGGAAAAAACCGCUGGCAUUACCGGGACCUGGAGGCCAUGGCCAGGGUGACUGGUGCUGAGCCCAUCUUUAUCGAUGCAGAUUUCAGAAGCACAGUCCCAGGGGGGCCCAUCGGGGGCCAGACCAGGGUGAGCCUGCGGAACGAGCACAUGCAGUACAUUGUCACCUGGUAAGGAACGAGCACAUGCAGUACAUUGUCACCUGGUACGGUUUGUGUGCUGCAACUUCCUUCCUGUGGUAUAAGAAAUUUAUACAGAAGCUACCUGUGUGAGGGGAAGAAACAUCUUUGUGCUACAGUCAAGAACAGACUUUUAUGGAUGACAGGAGCCUGAUCAGUCAUAAAUAACUGAAGCACCUGGAAUUCCAAAGCAGUUUCAACAAACAUUAUCAAGCUGCAAAUAGACUUUAAGCAAUCCCUGCAAACUGAGCUCCCACCACUGUCAUUUGGCUGCAGCUUGGGAGCACUGAACUUCAACAGUAAUCACAAGAAUACAUUUUUCUAACGUGGUUGGUUGUAAGCUACAAUUUUAACAUCUCCAUUUUUUUUCCUUACGACAAAUCCAGAGGAUUUUGUGAAUCAGCCUAUUUGCAGCAAGUAGGCCUCCCUGAAUUCAGGAAUGGCUCACAGCAGUUCCAGAAUAAAUAAAGACCUCCAGGUCUUUGCCUUGUGA